AUGAAGUCUUCACUCUUUUACAACCUCGUUUCUCUCAAUACUCUCCUAGUUGCUGCUACAAAUGUUCCCAGACAAGAGAAUGGCACUUCCUCAGUGACAGCUUCCUUAGCGACAGCUGCCGGUACACUCUUCGAUUUUGAGAAAAUCCAAUUGAAGAUUUCAGAUCUUGCACAACUCAAUACUUCAAUGCAAGCUCUGUUCGAAGUUGGCGAUGCUUCUACCGCAGAUGCAUCAACUAUUGCCGACUCACGAUCGGCAUGUAAAGUCUUUCCUGGAGAUUCGGCUUGGCCUGCGGAUGAUAUCUGGGAUAUCUUUAAUGAUCUACUUGGUGGCGCAUUGAUCAAAACCAUACCGAUCGCAUCGAGCUGUUAUAAUAAUUGGGAUUAUAAUGCAGAUACAUGUACCUUCGUCACAGAUAAUUGGACCAAUUCUACCAUGCACGAAGCAGAUCCAACUUCCAUGAUGUCCCCAAUCUACCAAGGAUUAACCUGCAUGCCUACCACCGACCCAACAGCAACCUGCACACUUGGCGGAUACCCCGCUUAUGCAGUCAACGCCACAAAUGUCGCACAAAUACAGCUUGCCGUCAAUUUUGCAAGAAACACUGGUAUCAGAUUCGUGGUCAAGAACACAGGACAUGAGUUCUCUGGUAAAUCUGGUGGAGCAGGCGCUUUGAGUGUUUGGACUCAUUGGUUGCAGGAUAUCAGAUAUGAGGGUGUCGAGUAUACCGAUGCGAAUUUUCCAUAUACUGGACCUGCCUUUACAUCUGGAACCGGUGUGAUUGGUGCAGAUAUUAUGAAGGCAGCUGGCGAUGAAGGAAUGGUUGUUGUUGGUGGUGAAGGAAGUGACGUCGGCGUUCUAGGAGGAUAUAUCCAAGGAGGGGGACACGGUCCUAUGACUUCCGUAUACGGACUCGGAGCAGAUCAGAUUAUCUCUGCUCGAAUCGUCACCGCCGAGGGCAGGUUUGUUACCGCAUCCUCAACUGAGAACACUGAUUUGUUCUGGGCUCUCCGUGGAGGUGGGCCUGCUUCAUGGGGUGUGGCAACUUCUCUUACGAUCAAAGCUUAUCCAACUACCCCUGUUACAGUCGUAACCUUCACAUUCACAUCCGGAGGCAAUGUCACGGAUGAUGAUUUCUGGCUCGGUGUUCGUGCUUAUUGGGAAAACUUCAUCACCUUCAAUAAAGCCGGAAUCUACAGCUAUUUCUUCAUUUUCCCUCCUGCAGUAUUUGGAGUAGACUAUUUCAUCAUGUCUCCAUUCUGGGCUCCAAAUCACACACAGGCAGAAACUGAAGCCUUAUUAGCACCUUGGUUUGCCAAUCUCACUGCGCUCGAGAUAGAUUUUACACCUGUGUAUAAUACCUAUAAUACACUAUACGAAGGAUGGACGACAUCUUUCGCCCAAGAGACUGUUGGCUCCGAUGACGCUAUUGUUGGCUCCCGGCUCUUCUUACAAGAAUAUCUCGAGGAUGAAGUAACAUUCAACGCAACAUUCGAUGCUUGGUCCGGCUCAGCAAGAUACAAUGCUUCAUUACUCGUGGGUUUCAACAUAAAUGCACCAAAUAUCGCCGGAGUCGAUAACGCUGUUCUCCCCGCCUGGAGAAAAACUACUCUUCACACCAUGCAAGGUACAUCAUGGCCCAACCCCGCCAACUUCACCACCAUGGCCUCUGCUCGUGCCAAACUCAGCGAACUGCAACUUGGCUGGAAAGUCGUAACUCCUGGAUCGGGUGCAUAUCUUGGCGAGUGCGAUGCUGAAGAAGUAGAUUGGCAACAUAAUUUCUAUGGAGCUAAUUACGAUAGAUUGUUGAGUAUUAAGAAUGAGACUGAUCCUUGGUCAUUGUUCUGGACUAAGACGGGUGUUGGGAGUGAGGUUGCUAGUGUGGCUAGUAGUGAUGCUAUUCCUGAUGAGAAUGGAAGGCUGCACCAGAUGCUGAGAAGGGCCGUUGAAGAAGUUCGCGCAGGAAAACCUGUUUCUCCUCCAGGUCAGGUUCGUCCUUCGGAAUUCCACACACGCGAUCCUUACCCUCCCAAUUCUCGUCCACAACAAUCAAACUUGCCACCACUACUACCACUACCACCGCCAAAUCCAAUAUUCUCACAUAAUCUUGGUUCGCAACCGCAUUAUUCUCCUCAACCGUCGCCAAUCUGGUUGCAGCCUCCAAAUUACUCCACUUCUAACUCACACUCAAAGUCAUAUGCCAAUCAUGGAGGGUUUCCAAUGCAAUAUCAAAUGCAAGAAUCAUCACAACGCCCACUCCAAGAUCAAUCAUUCCAGUCGCUCGAUAUCCUUCACUAUUACCCACAAUUACCCGCUCCUAAUCAAUACUCAACGAAUUCCAUCACACCAUCAACGACCUUGUCAAUUCCUCCAGUACCUCCCUCACCAAACCCCCCGACCUCGGCUCCGGCCCCUCCUCCAUCGAAGCUUCAAGCUCUUCCCCAGUCCCAAUCUCUAGAGUCCGCUCUCGAUGAUGCGGAUAUCGAUUCCCUCAAAGCGCUGCUCAGAGCUAGUGGUAACUUGUACCCGCAUAUGCGAGCGACGGUUCUGAGGUUUCUGCUCGGGGAUAAAUAUAUUGAAGAAGAGGAAGCACAGGAGCGGAGUGCCCAUGGAUUGGAAAUUAAAGAUAAAACAGAUGGGGGAACUACAAGUCUAAAUAAAGGGAAGGGGACUAUGAGCAUGAAUGGGGAUGGUGGCAAAGGCAAAGAGAAGUCUGUAAAUUCGGGAAAGAUACAAAGGGCAUCAGGAAAUAAGUUAGUUAUUGAUCUGGUUAGUAGCGAUGAUGAAAAUUUCUCGCAAAAUGAGGAUAACAAUCUAAGAGGGGAUGCGGGCGCAGCGGUAACAUUGGCAGAAGAGAAAAGAAAAGCGUUUAGAGGUAUUGUAGAGAAAUCUAGUGAGAGUCCCUCGCAGAAGAGGAAAGACAAUCAACAGAUGAGCUUGGGUGCACAACGCAUGCUUGCCAGGUCUCUAGAAGAGGAAGGAAAAAAGACGCAAGAUCUUCUAGCGAAAGCUCAUGAGAUGGAGAAACGGAAGAAUGCAGCAGAAUUUGCUUUGAUGGAAGAAAGCAAACGAAGAAUCAGAAUUGAGCUUACGUUGAGCGCGGAGAAACGGAAAAAAGAAACAGCAGAGCAGGAGUUGGAAGAAGCAAAAAAGAGAAUAGAGGAAGUACAGGGCGCAUUCUCAAAGGAACCAGAGACGGGAACUUCUCAAAAGAAGGUACGGAUGGAAAAUCACUUACGAGAGCAUUGCAACAAGAUCUUGGUGCAGGAAAAGGCAGAGGUUAUUUCAGUAGCUAGCGUCGCUCAAGAGUACAUCAAUGUCAUAGAAGCGGGAUGCGUUGCAAAGGCCUUGGAGAUUGCAAAGUCUGGCCCAACCGCGAAGCGGUGGAAUGAGAUGUAUGAGAAGAUCCAUGAUAUUGGUGUCAACAUUAAGGAGAUAGCCAAGCAACCAGGAACAGUAGAGAAUAAAAGUUCCUUGGAAAAAGCACUGAUGAUGGAAAAGAAUCAAAGAGCUAUGGUAUUAGAAGAAUUAAAGACAGCGAGAGCGGAGUUGAAGAAAGUCACGGAAAAUUUCCAAAGUGAAUGGAGGCAAGUGGAGAAUUUACAGCGGCAAGUAAAGGAACUUCAAGCCAUGCCCGGUGGUGGUUCUCAGCAGGCUCUGUUUGAGUUAAAGGGGCGGUAUGAUACGGUAGAACAGUCUUUGCAAAGGGAGCGGCAAUUCAGUGAGAUGAUACAAGAGCAGUUAGAGAGCGAGAAGAAGGAAAGACAGAAGGUCACAGAACUGCUAUACACACAUAGACAAGGUUCGGUAAGUGUUGGAGGAUCUAAUUUUCAGCCAAAUGGGAUCUCUGGGAUUGCCACAGCGAGCGGGGUAAAUGCGGAGAAAGAGGCUUUCGAAAAAGCUUUGGAGGCGGAAAAAGCUAGGUCGGAGUGGUUCCGGGAACAAUUCGCUGACCAACAAAAUAAAUGGAGAGAAAUGGAAAGGCGUGCUGUUACAACGAGUCUUGAUAAGGAUGGUGUUAUCAAAGAGCUACAGGAAGAGAAAAGGAAGAGAGAAGUGGCUGAGAAGGCAUUCGAGGCAGGGAAGAAGUUGAGAGAAAUUACGGAGCAGGCUUUGAACAAUGAGAGAAAUAGGGUGGGUAAUAAAUCAGUCGCAGGGGGGGUUGAGGCUGGGGCUAAGAGAGUAUUGGCAGAGGUGAAGGAAGAAGUUUUGAAUGGACGCACUCAGACUCAAGCAGCCGCAAGUGAGCCAUCAUCAUCGAAGAAACAAAAGUCGAAUCCAACCUUGGAGGAACUUGGAGUGAAGCGAGAGAUUAUCAAAUUUGAAGGAGGAAAAUGCGGACAGUGCAGCAAAAUCAUCAAACCUCAUGAUGCAGAUGGACCUUGUCGAUAUCAUCCUGGAGCAAAAACACUAUCCAUGUGGGGCCGAACUAAAGUCACCGAUAUGAUCGGCGAGAGACGAUAUGAAGGAAAGCAUGUCGACGAUCUCCAAGGUGUGAAUGGACUUUCUUUUGAAAAUUAUGACUGGAACUGGAGUUGUUGUAAAAAGGAUGGAGCAGGGGUAGGCUGUAAAAUAAUAUCUACACAUACAAAGGUUUACAGGCGUCAGGUUCCUAAUUAUCCACCUUCGAUGCAGAUGGAGAUGACACACGGUUAG